UCUCUUCUUCUUCUUCUUCUUCUUCUUCACUGUUGAAUUCUCUGGAGCAAGCGAGAAGCCCAAGCCGCAGCAGCGGAGCUUUGCGGAUUUCGCAGGCAUCGAAUCGCAUCGCUUCGGUGAUCGGGGACACGAUGAAGCGCAGCAGUGACUCCGAUUGCCGUGCACUUGAUCGCCGCCUCGCCUGAUCUUCAGGUUGGCUGCAGUUUCCAGACGAUUCCGGCUCUCUCGAAAUCCUUGCGCUUUCUUUUGGAAAUUUCCAUGGCGCAGAAGAAACCCUAACGCCCGAUGCAUACGAAGGAUCCAGUGAGCUGGAGAUUGGGUUAUGGCUCGAGUUUGGUCUCGGAGGUUAUUGAGCAUGGAAUAUUAGGUUUGAGAACCUGUUUGAGUGGGGAAACCGAGUUUCCUAGUUUAUCAGCUUUGAGGUGGCAUUGCACGAAGUUGAAGUUUGGGACUCUCUGGUCAAAUGGGUUGUCCAGAGAGCAUGAUGAAGGUUUUGACUGGUUAAAAGUUUGAUUAUUCUGGUAAGGGGCUGUGCAGAUAACAGGAGAGAAAGAUGUCGGUUGCUAGCGUGGCACUUAGCCCGGUUCUGGAAGAGUGUUUGAAUUUCCCUGGGAAGUUCUCCCACCAGUAUGGUCCUCAUUUGAACAAUUCGAUCCUGAUUUACCUCAGUGUUGGUGGGUCUGUGAUUCCCAUGCGCAUUAUGGAGUCAGAUUCAAUUGCGUCUGUGAAGCUGAAGAUACAGACAUGGUUCUUUGUCAGAAAGCAGAAACUGGUCUUUGAUGGGAGAGAACUAGCUCGGAACAAUUUGCGUGUUGGAGACUAUGGGGUUGCUGAUGGAAAUGUGUUGCACCUUGUGCUGUGGCUUUCAGAUCUUCAAGCUAUCACUGUCCGAACUGCUUGUGGGAAGGAAUUUGAGUUCCAUGUCGAGAGGAGCAGAAACGUAGGGUAUGUGAAGCAGCAGAUUGUGAAGAAGGGGCAAGGCUUUGUCAAUCUGGAGGAUCAAGAGCUGGUAUGUGAUGGUGAAGAGCUUGAAGAUCAGAGACUCGUCCAUGACAUUCGUAGGAAGAACGGUGACGCUGUUAUCCAUUUGCUGGUCUGCAAAUCUGCUAAAGUGAGGGUGAAACCCGUCGACAAGCACUUUGAAGUGCUUAUUGAUGCAUCAGAUUUGAAUGAGCAUGCUAGUGCAGUUGGUGAAUAUCAGUCUGGGGACCUGUCGAAACCCAAUAUCAUGGAGAGUAGACCACUGCCAAAAGAUUUCCUAUUGGAACCUUUCAUCGUUACUCGAGAUAUUGAACUUCCAUUUGUGUUAAAAGAGCUGAUUGAAUCUACUUUUCAAGGAUUGGAUAGAGGCAAUGAGCCAAUACGGUCUUCAGAGGGAUCGGGAGGAGCUUACCUCAUGCAAGACUUUUCUGGCCUGGAGUAUGUGUCAGUUUUCAAGCCUAUUGAUGAGGAACCAAUGGCGGUGAAUAACCCUCGGGGGCUUCCCUUGUCACUAGAUGGUCAAGGGAUGAAAAAGGGCACGCGUGUGGGAGAGGGAGCACUGAGAGAAGUUGCAGCUUACAUCUUGGACCACCCAGCGGUGCACAAUUCUGAGAAGGGCUUUGCUGGGGUUCCGCCCACUGUUAUGGUGAAGUGUAUGCAUAGAGAGUUCAAUUAUCCUGAAGGUUAUGAGUACACAAACAAGAAUUGUAAGAUAGGAUCGCUGCAGAUGUUCAUAAAGAAUAUAGGAAGUUGUGAGGAUAUGGGACCCCGAGCUUUUCCUGUGGAUGAGGUACACAAGAUUUCUGUCUUGGACAUAAGGUUGGCAAAUGCGGAUAGGCAUGCAGGCAACAUAUUGAUCAGCAGGGACGGUGAAGAUGGACGUAUAGAGCUUAUUCCUAUUGAUCAUGGAUACUGUCUGCCUGAAAACUUUGAAGAUUGCACAUUUGAGUGGCUCUACUGGCCACAAGCUCAGCGGCCUUACUCUCCAGAAACUAUGGACUACAUCAAGUCACUGGAUGCCGAACAAGACAUUCAACUCUUGAAGUUUCACGGUUGGGACUUGCCAAUUGAGUGUGCUCGCACCUUGCGCAUCUCUACUAUGCUUUUGAAGAAAGGUGUGGAGAGAGGCCUUACUCCUUUCUCCAUUGGAAGCAUGAUGUGUCGGGAAACUCUUAACAAGGAGUCUCUGAUUGAGCGGAUUGUCAAAGAAGCAGAGGAAAGUGUGCUUCCUGGAGCUAGUGAAGGUUCAUUUCUUGAAUCUGUCUCAGUGCUUAUGGAUCACUACCUCGAUAAACUUUCAAAUGGAGGCCAUUGAGUGAACUUGUAUGUUAUGUAGUGUGUACUAGUGUGUGCAUGCUUGCAUGAAUGUACAGAAGUCCCUCUCCUGGACAGACCUGCUCUUGUGAAAUCUUUGCUAAUGCUUGGACUAUAUGCUUGUUCACUCGCAUCAUUCUCUGGUGCAUCAAUCUUUUUGGCGUCCAAGACAGCCCGAAGCUGCCACUUUGGCCGGCCAGGAUGGAAAGCUAUGUGCUCUUUUGGGUUUUACAAGGAACAAUGAUUUGAGCAUUGGCGAUAUGAAAUCGACCUUCAUGCUAUUCGCAAACAUUUUGUAAGCAGUCACUGCCAGUCAUAUUGCAACGGUACAUAUCACUUGUAAGGAUAGCGGUAUUGAAUAAUGUGAGCUGUUGUUUAAA